GCGAGUGGCUCUGCCAUUUUCACUCCUCCACAGCGCCAUGGCAGUUCUUCCCUCAGCUUCAUACACCAUGGCUGCCUCUGGAACUUCGUCUCUCUACUCGCCUACUCUUAGAGCUCUGUCUUUUUCCGCUCCUCGUCGCCGCUUUCAAUUCGGCGUCUUCCCUGAAGUGGAGUCAUUAGGUAAAGAUGUUCGAGAUGGGAGGAAAAUAUUGAAGCAUUAUUAUUCUCGCAAUUCCAGGAGAUAUCUUUGUUGUGAUCAAGGAGAAACAUCUGUUGUGAAGAGUAAAGAUUUUGCAGUUCCAAGGAGAAAGGCAAUUGCGUUGAUCUUUUCAAGUUUCAUGCUAUCACAUUCACAUGAUACCUCUCUUGCUCAAUCUAUUGGGUUUAGGGAGUACAUUGAUACCUUUGAUGGCUACUCAUUCAAGUAUCCUCAGAAUUGGAUUCAAGUACGUGGUGCUGGUGCUGACAUAUUCUUCAGGGACCCUUAUGUUCUCGAUGAGAAUCUGUCGGUGGAGAUAUCCUCUCCUUCAUCCUCCAACUACCAAAGUGUAGAAGAUUUGGGUCCACCACAAGAAGCCGGGAAGAAAGUUCUCAGGCAGUAUUUGACAGAGUUCAUGUCCACUAGACUCGGUGUCAGGCGUGAAUCAAGCAUUCUUUCCACAUCUUCGAGAGUGGCUGAUGAUGGGAGGAUGUACUAUGAAGUUGAGGUGAAUAUAAAGUCGUAUGCAAACAACAAUGAAUUGGCUGUGAUGCCUGAAGAUCGGGUGGCUCGGCUGGAAUGGGAUCGGCGAUACCUCUCAGUACUUGGAGUGGAAAACAACAGGUUAUAUGAAUUAAGAGUACAAACGCCGGAAAAGGGAUUCUCUGAGGAGGAGAGCGACAUUCGCCAAGUAAUGAACUCCUUCAGAGUGAAUAAGGUGUGAGUUUGAAUUGAGAUAAUUUUUUGGUGUAUUUUGAAGCUUUCAAUUAUUUAAGGAACUGUAAUUUCAUCAGUUUCCUUUUACUUUGUUGUAAAAAAAAAAAAAAAAAAAA